AUUUUUCAAUGAACUGUUGGCUGCCACUGUGACUAUAACAGUGCCGGCCGGAGGUGGACAGCUGCAUCCUGCGUGGCUGUUUAACCAGUAGAGGGAAAAACACGUGGGCAUUGUGUAGGAUAUAGUAGAGAAUGUGUAGUUUGUGCAUCUCCCUCUAUGUGUUGUUGGUGUGCAUUAUAAUAGAUGAGGGGCUUCACUGGGUGGCCACAUGGAAGGGGGAGUGGUUAAAGUCACAGUUAGCGAAUCGGGGGGUGUCGAGGGCAGCUCAAACAAGUAGCUGGAGCCUUGAUGAAAAACCCACGCAUGCAGUCGGACACCGGUAAACUGUGAGAAGAAUCCUUUGAUUUCUAAUGUUCCUACUGAAGGUCAUAGAAGGACUCUGCAGAAUCUCAAGGGGAUCUACACUUUGAUGCCAUUGGGAAAAGUAAUAUUUGAAAGAAAAACUUUUUGAGGAUCAGAACAAACUAAACUGAAGAGGAAAGUUCACUGAAGAUGAUGCACGUCGUCUUGCUCGUUUUAAGCGUCUGUCUAAGUGUGGGUUCAGACAGCAGCGCGGGCAAGAGACAAUAUCAGAUCCAAAACGGCCCAUGCAGCUAUACCUUUCUGCUCCCUGAGCAGGAGAACUGCCAAAACCCGAGCAACGGCUACAAUUAUCCAGUUCAAAAGGACGGGCCUGCAGACAAUGAAGAGUCAGCGCACAGGCUGGAACAGCUAGAGAUGGUCAUGGAGAACAACACACAGUGGUUGCUGAAGCUACAGAAUUACAUCCAGGAGAGCAUGAAGAAGGAUAUGGUCCAAAUACAACAGAGUGCAGUGCAAAAUCACACAGCUACAAUGAUUGAAAUAGGAACAAACAUGCUCAGUCAAACUGCAGAGCAAACAAGGAAACUGACCAAUGUGGAGGCGCAGGUUAUUAAUCACACAACUCGACUUGAGCGGCAACUGCUUGAGAAUUCUUUGUCGACAAACAAACUGGAAAAACAAGUUAUUGUCCAAACCAAUGAAAUCAAUAAACUGAACGACAAAAACAAUUUGUUGGAAAAGAAAGUAAAGGAGUUGGAGGAGGAGAGGCAGGUCGAGCAGAAGAUGCUUCGACUGGAAAAAGACCAGCUUCAGAUCCUAAUAGAGAGGCAGACGGCCAUCAUUGGUGAGCUGGAGCAACAGCUGCUCAAGGUGUCAUCCAACAACAGUGCCCUUCAGCAUCAGCAACAGGAGCUUCUGGAGACUGUGAACCACCUCAUUCACACCUUCUCCACUGGCACAGCGCAAGAGACAAAAGCUGCCAUGAUGCAGGAUACUCCCUCGACAUUCAUGGACUGCGCUGCCGUCUUCAAGUCAGGAAACACAAAUAGUGGGGUCUAUACUCUCACUUUACCCAAUACUACAAUGGAGGUUAAGGCUUUUUGUGACAUGGAGACUGAGGCAGGUGGCUGGACAAUGCUACAAAAACGCUUUGAUGGCAGUGUUGACUUUCAUCGUACGUGGCAAGAGUAUAAAAAGGGUUUUGGAGAUCCUUCAGGCGAAUUUUGGUUAGGAAAUGAAUUUGUAUCAAGGCUGACAAGUCAGCACUCCUACAGCCUAAGGAUCCAAUUGAGUGACUGGGAAGGGAACUCGGCUUUUUCCCUGUAUGAUCAAUUCUCACUUGAUGGCGAAGGGCAAAACUACAGGAUACACUUUAAAGGCUACAGUGGAACAGCAGGCAAAAUAAGCAGCAUCGGUCAGCCAGGAAGUGAUUUCAGUACAAAGGAUGCGGACAAUGACAAAUGUGUUUGCAAAUGCUCACAAUUGACAACAGGAGGUUGGUGGUUUGAUGCUUGUGGACCGUCCAAUUUAAAUGGCAUGUAUUACCAGCGAGGCCAAAACUCCAACCGCUUCAAUGGCAUUAAAUGGUACUACUGGAAGGGUUCAGGAUAUUCACUGAAGACCACAUCUAUGAUGAUUAGGCCAGCAGACUUCUAAGUUGAACCAUUUGAAUGGGCACUGAACAAGAUGGCGCCUAAAGCACCUCACGACAUUCCUGAGAGGACUAAUGGGGGAAAUACUAUUUGGUAAAAUCAACUCUUAAUGAUCCGAACCCAAAAUGGUUCAACUAUGGCACGUUACACACCGAGAUGCGGCCGAAUGUGAUUUAACUGUUGGGGUGUUUUCGCACAUCAACUUUUGAAACCAGAGCCGGCUGACAGACAAGAAGACCAUACUGAACUUUUCUGAAUUCAUAAUUUCCUAUGCACUUUUGGGUAGUGGAGAGUGUUGCUGAAACGCAGAAGUGCAGCCAAUGAAUGGGGCAAUUAUUACCCACAGCCUCUCAAAAGACUUCACCGUCUUCUUCAUUUCUCCUCCCAUUACCAUCAUAAUAUAACCACAGUGGCACAGGAAAUGCAUUUAUUCCUUGACAAUCACACAAUAGUAUUCAUUAUUCAAGACACUUAAUAUAGUAUAACACAUGGGGCUCCUCAAAAUGCUUUGCAAUGAAAACACCAGGAGGUAGCGAUCUGGUGUGAGUCACCAACUGUUGUUUGUUGACGAUUGCCCAGUUCAGUUGGAUUUGGCGGCAUCGCCGCUGUGUGCGGCGGGCCAAACAUGAAAGAGAACUCAAUUAAAAUGGGGUUUAUUCAUUUUUUCAAUUUGAAAUCACACUGUACGUUUAACGUGUGGUUAAAGUGUACAUUUACUUAGCAAUAUAUAUGUUGAU